GUUGCACCUGCUCUGACUGUUUCCCAAAGUUCAUUCUGGUGCUUCGCCUGCACAAGUUAUGUCCAGAAGGAGGAGAGAAAGCUUUAGAAGAGCUAUGCUCCUUGCUUGAGACGGACAAUGGAAUCGGUCUGAAGACUUUCAUGAGGAGCCGGCAACUGACAGUGCUUCAGAUUACCUCGAGCUCGAGAGAUGUUUCGGUGCCCUGGAUCCAAGUUUGCAGAUGGUUGAAUUUCCUUCCUUUGAAACUCUUUUUUGUUCAGUGACUUCCAUCAAACAACCAGGCUGAUGAUGUGUCUGCCGUCAAAGCUCAAGUCGAUCGUCAUCUCAAGAAUCAGUUUCAUCUAGAGGAAAAUGGCGAGCUUGAGGACAGCUUCGAAGAAGAACCGAGCCACGAGAUCGCUUCAGAUGACAUCAAUUGGCGCUCAAAGACAGCUGACAUUGCAUUCAACAAUGUUGACGUGUCUCGAAAGUGGCAAGAUCCAGCCAAUCCCGGCAGGCCAACAGCACAAGCACGGUGUUUGAAGCGCCUGAGUUGCGAGC